AAUCUUCUCAGCACCCUCGGCCAUAUAUUCCCUCUCCUGACUGAGCUGUCAAAUUGCUUCUCCGUCGAGUUCUCCAAAGACAUAUGAGCUUCUUUCGCAGCUCUUUAUGUCGCUUCGCUUCACCACUUCUCCACUCGCCCUCACUUCAGCUUUCGACAAGCUCUUGGUGAUUAAUCCGAGUAUUCAAGAGCUUGCAAGCCUGCUUGAAUCACUCAAUGCUUGCUCAUCGAAGCGAAUAGAUGAACUUGACUUUAAUUGUCGGUUGACUGCGUUUAUGCUGCUCAAUGAGGAGAAGUACGCUGCAUUAUCAUACCGUGAAUGGUUUCCUGUCCUUUCGAAUGCCCUUUAUUUUGUGCAGGACCCCGACGAAUUAGCCAUCCGCAAUAAUGCCGCUUUUACAAUCAGAUGCUUCAUCGACCUUGCAUGCAAAUGCAGAAUUCAAAACACUUCUCAUGCGAACUACCCUUCUGGCCGUCCGGCAAUCCAAACACGAGCUUCACUUCUGAAUUUCUAA